AUGGGAGUGACUUACCUGUGGCAAAUUCUUGAGCCUGUGAGACAACCUGUCAACAUGAGCAGUCUCAGAGGGAAAACACUUGCUGUUGAUUUAAGUUUGUGGGUUUGUGAAGCACAGACCGUUAAAAAGAUGGUUGGAGUAGUUACCAAGCCACAUCUCAGAAACCUAUUUUUUCGGUUCUCUUUCUUUACAUCAAUGGGAAUUAAACUAGUGUUUGUCAUGGAGGGAGAGGCCCCCAGGCUGAAAGCAGACACCAUGAGCAAGAGGAAUGAGAUGCGCUAUGGGCCUUCGAAGAAAGCUGGAGCUGUAGGAACAGGGAGAUCUUUAUUUAAAGCCAUGUUAAAAGAGUGUCUUGAACUGCUGGAGUGUUUAGGUGUCCCUUGGGUUCAAGCAGCUGGAGAAGCAGAGGCAAUGUGUGCCUACCUAAAUGCAAAAGGACUUGUUGAUGGCUGCAUUACCAAUGAUGGAGAUGUUUUCUUGUAUGGAGCUCAAACAGUUUAUAGGAACUUUGCCAUGAAUGCUAAGGAUCCACAUCUUGACAGUUACACAAUGUCCUCUAUUAAAGAGAAACUCGGUUGUGACAGAGAGUCUUUGAUUGGGCUAGCAGUUCUUCUGGGCUGUGAUUAUCUUCCAAAGGGUGUUCCAGGAGUUGGGAAGGAGCAAGCUUUAAAGUUAAUUGAGACUCUGCAAGGUCAAAACUUAUUGCAAAGGUUUGAGCAGUGGAAGGAAAAAUUUCAGUAUGAUGAUAAUCCACCUUUGGUUGUUAAAAGGGUAAUUCAUUGUUCACAGUGCCAUCAUCCAGGAUCUCAGAAGGAACACGAGCACAAUGGAUGUAAAUUCUGUGAAAGUGUGAGAUGCUGCAAACCCAGUGACUCCAAACACUGCCCCUGUGCAUGGCAUCGGUGGGAGCGAGUGAAACAAGCAAAUGCAGUGGAGGACAGUAUCAGAAAAAAAGCCAUGAGUUGUGAGGGCUUUCCAUUUUCUGAGGUUAUCCAAGAGUUUCUUGUAAACAAGAAUAAAUCGAUCAACAUAAAGGAAUGUCGAAGGCCAAAUUUAUUGUCCUUUCAGCUAUUUGCUUCAGAGAAGAUGGAAUGGACCAAACAUUAUGCUUGUAAGAAGCUGUUAGCACUUUUGACACGUUAUGAUAUGAUCCAGAGAAAAUCUGGAUACAUUGACUCAAAACAACUGCAGGCAAUAAGGAUUGUUAAGACACGUGUUAAAAAUGGAAUUCCUUGUUUUGAAAUUGAAUGGCAAAAACCAGAACAUUAUGUUGAUCCAGAAGAUGAGCCUGUGGAGUUGUUUGUAGUCACAGUAGAAGAAGAGUCUUUGUUUCAGGCUGCUUAUCCUGAUGUUGUUGCCCUCUAUCAAGUGGAAAAGCCAGACAUUCUUCAGAAGAAACAGAAAAAAAAGAAAGACAGAUCAGAAGAAAAGGAAUUACCAAAUUCUUAUGAUGAAAUUACCAAUCUUCUGUCUCAAAUUAAUUUAAAGCCUACAAACAGAAUUCUUUCUGUGCAACACUCCAUGUCAGAUACAAAAACAACCCCAGAAGAUCAGACACAGCUGAGAAGUACUGGAUCAAAAGAUGUAGCAUUGCCUUCAGCUUCCUGCAUAACAACAGUUCAUGUGUCAGCAUCAGCAGCUGCUCUUGCUGACUCAUCUGUGCCCUCACAAUGCACUAAAUAUUCAGGGAUAUCAUCCUCUUCCUUUGUACCAGCUGGUCUGCAACUGAGCCGUACUGAUGGGAAAGGAACCUCCUUCAGCACUGCACCAGCCCAUGGAGGUGAUGACCAUGACCCAGCAGCUGACUUAACCACCUGCAUAAAAUACUCACAUCCACUAAGUCAUGAAACAGUAAGAAAUAGCUCAGAAUAUUCUGAUGUUACACAGUCUGAUAUGCAUUCUGACAGUGAAGACGAUGUGUUCUCAAAUGAUGCUAUGGGACAACUUCAGGAGUGGUCUUUAAGCGAGCGAAUACUUAAGAAGGCUCCCAUUCCAUCACAGCCUUUGUCUGAAGAUGCAGUGCAACUGGAGUCUUUGAAUUGUUUUAAACAAACAAAAGAAACAUUGAAUCCUGAUAGAAAUCAUGUCUCUUCUUCAUGUCAGUUAAAUAACCUAGUGCAGGAAAAUAAAAAUGUUCUAUCAGAAAACUCUGCUAGUGAAUCCAGCGUACAUAUCUAUCAAGAUGCAUACAAAAAAGCUGACAUCCUGGCUGAAAUGGUGCAAAAAGACCCUUCCAGAAGUGGUUCAGCAUCUCUCGCCUGCAGGGGUCAAACACCAGAGACGUUUCAUCCUGGGUGUGAAAUGCUGCCAGUGUCUCAAAAGCCAGCAGAUGCAACUGGCUGUCACAUUAAAGAAACUUGUAUUAAAACUACUUGGAAAGCUUCUUUUAAGAAGAGUGUCUGUCAGAACAGAUGCUCUUCUAGUGAAGACAGUGAUGAUGGGCACGUGGAUAAAAUCCUGGUUUAUGAGCAGCAGAAAAGGCAACUGAACCCUGGCAAGUUUAAAAAAUGUUUUACAAAGAAAAAUAGCAUUGUUUCUAGCAAAAGGACAAAGAGUGACUCAGUCCUUACAAUUACGGGGAAGAAGAAAAUGACUGAUUUAAAGAAAGCUGUUAACAGUUUCUCAGUGCAAGAAGCUCCAAAACCAUCCUCCAUAGAAGAAGUUAAUUGUUCCCAAAGUCCAGAACGACCAAUUGGAAGAUUGGGUUCUGAUCCCACACAGCAAGACAGAAAUGCUAUUCUGACUUCUGCGUGGGCAGACAGUCCCCUUCCUCUGUCUGAAAGACUGAAAGGAAGAAUCAAAAUCAAUUCAGUUCUCCAUAAAAUAGAUAAUGAUAGCAAUUAA